AUGCUCUCGCAGCCAGGAAUAGGAGAUCCCCAGGCCGGCUUUUACAGCUUGAUGGCAGCACCUUCUGCACUCAGGCAACUUGGAACCUUGAAUGCUAUGGUUGAUGUAGCUGCAUCACCUUUGCCCCAAAUGCGCGCCAGCGCAAUUGCAAUGUCCCCGACUCCUGCUUUGCCAAAGACCCCAGUGAAGAGAAUGCAGGAGCUUAUUCAGCUGCAAACAUUUGAGGGUAGCUGGAUGUGGUCGAAUGAACUCUUCGAGCUCUUGGAAUGUGACAUGAGCGCAACAAUCACGAAAUUGGCCACGCUGUACGCUUGUGCCGGUCGAACGAUUGAACAUGGGUUCCCGCAUGGCGAUGAGUCGACGGUUCUCGCAACCCUGCUUGCAAUGGGAUGGCUACUGAAGAAGCACUCGGGUUGGAGGGGUGUUUGGGAGCUUGUGCAUGCCAAAGCCUCUGAGUGGGUUAGACUUGAAUUGAAGAGGAUGCAGAAUCAGGGGUUACCUGGUGCUAUUAUUGCACCAAUCCGGGAUGAGAUUGUUCAUAUGGUCUAA